AUGCCACCUCAACAAGUUUAUUGGAAAACAGGAAGAGAUUCUUCUUAUAGAAAUCGAUUCAAACAUUAUUUCGGUACUGAUGAAUCAUAUUUUGAAUUAAUUAAAAAUUAUAAAACUGAUUGGGAAAGAUUCUUAUUUUAUGUCAAUGAAGCAAAAGUGAAAAAAUAUACUACUGAAGAUAACUUCCUUAACGAAUUGCCAACCAUUGAAGAAUCUCAAUUGAAUUUAAAUGAGUUGGAUCUUAAGCUGGUUGAUGAGGGAUAUUUUCAAUCUAGGUUUCAUAAUGAAAUUGGGUUGAAGAUUAUUAAUGGGGAUGGGGGAGAACUUGAUUUGAAAUUGGAUGAGAAUGUUACUGAUUUGAUGGAGUUUGCAAAGAGGAAAGCAAAGAUAGUUAGUCCAGGUGGACAAGUUACGGCACUUAAAUGGCUUCCUAAUCCGCUUGAUGAUGAAUCUGGGGUGAGCUAUUUAGCAAUUGGUGUGAUCAAUAACCCUAAGGGGAUACUGGAUAGUAUAAACAAUCCUGAAUUGAGCAUGUAUAGUAAAUCUUCCAAUGAAAGAGGUAUAAAUUCGUGUAUACAGAUCUGGAAAUAUGAUGUUAAAGAGAAUGAAUUUCUGUUGGAGAAUGUUUUGAUAACUACCACUAUGGGUGCGGUUUCUGAUUUAAAAUGGGCUCCAUUUCAUACUACUGGAAACACAUUAGGAGUUCUUGUUGGUGCAUUCACAGAUGGGGAUGUUCAUCUCUUCAAAAUCAACAAAUCUUUACCCUCCAAAUAUAAUAUAGUGAACAAAUCAUCAUAUACUUACACCCUGACAUAUUCCACCAAACGAACCAAAUCUGAUCCAAAUUCCAACAUUACCUGCUUUGAUUUCCUAAGCAUCGAUAAAAUCAUAAUAGGUUGUGUCGACGGCUACAUCUCCGAAUUCAUCCUUCCCUUCCACCCCCACUACUCCACCGACACCAACCCAACCCUCCCCUCCUACCGAACCCGCUUCUCCGAUGCACCAAUCACCUCCAUCCUCGCCGCCAACUAUGCACCUGGCGAAUAUCUCAUCGUGAUAAAUUCCGCUUCAACGCAAUGCAUGGCAUAUGACUACACCGACCCCACGCAAUGUUUCUGCUCCCCCCUCGUUUCCAAAUCAACCACCCCACCUUCCUACAAUCACGCAUUACGUUGUUUUGGCGUCACUCCAUCCCAUGAUGCAACGGGAUAUAGUUUUAUAAGAGUGCCACAAGAGACUGCUCUGGGGUUGCUUAAAGCGUCUGCGAGUGUGAGUUGUAAUGUCCUAGGUGAGAGAUUGGGACAUCCUUUGAACCUAACUGGGUUUGCCAAUGGGGAUAUUGUGGUGUUGAAUUUUGCGAGAAGACAUUUACAGGGAGGGAAGAUUACUAGUAAAGUACUUGUUCCGUUGAAGUUAUGGAAAUUGGAAUUGGCGGAGGGAACAGAAGCAGGAGAGGUGAAGGCGGGGUCGUUUGUGUUGAGGGCUGGAUAUGAGAGUUGUGAUGUUGAAUCACCGAUGACUCCUUCGUUUAUGCCCCCAGAGGUGGCGAUAUCGGCCUUGGGAUGGAAUGAAAAUGUGAUUGGAAGUUCUGUUUAUGCUGCAGGUACUAUUUCGGGAUUGUUGAUUGUAGAAAGAUUAGAUCCUAAGGGUUUAUAA